AUGACCUCAUUGAAUUGCCCCGAAAGAGUCAAAUGGCAUGUUUCUGUAUGCACAAAUCACCGAGACGCCAGAGCGCGAGAAUGUCCGGAAUACAGAGCCGUGUUCCGCAGACGCUUGAAGGUCAGUGUUUCCACCGUAUGCUCCUACCCGAUUCGAGCUCCGCGUCUGCGGUCCCCAAUGGCAUGGAUAAAACGGACACAAUAUGACAUGACAUUCGACGUAUGCACAGGCGAGCAGGUGGGCUCAGAUGCAGAGAUGGCGCAGCUGGACGUUGCUGAAUCAGAAAGCAAGAUGGAGCUAAACCGUUGGGUUGGAUUCCCGAUUCCCACUGCUCCCGGACCGAAUACGACCGCAGAUACCAGAGUGGACUUUCCACCGUUAGAAACAAAGAAUGGAGACAGCAAUUCAGACGGGUUCACUGUAUCCAGAUUUAGAAUCGUAUUUGUCAUCAACGGUGUGCUGGUGAUUCAGGGCAGUUGGGGAUUUCCGAUGGACCGGAAACGCCGCGGCAGUGUCGUCACCAACCUCAGCAACCGGCAUCACCGCAACCAGCGGGCUGCAUCUGCAUUGCAGCAUCGUGGAGUUGAAGUAUUAGAGUGA